AUGACGGAGAGAAAGCCCUCGGCGACUUUGCCUAGGCUACGAGUGUCAUCCCACUCUUUUGCCGAUUUUUCAUCCCACAAUAUGUCCAACUUGACCCUGCGGACGGUAUCAUCAUCUACAUCGACAAUCUCUACUCCCAGCAAUAACAUACGACGUAUCAAACAAGAACAGCCUUUCGUUGAAAAGAAGAAUGAUCAUCACAAGAAAAAGGCCAAGUCUCUUAGACCCAGUCUUAAGCCUGAAGGAGCAAAAGCGUCUAAGAAACUCUUAAACCUCCAGCAACUGAGGAAGUCAUAUGCUCCACCACAGCCAUUCGUUCUCCAUAAACCAGCUGAUAUGUCUCAUUUUGAUUACCUGGUCUUCACGAAGAAGCAGAAGUCUUUGAAGGAGAAGAAUGCAAUGGCUCCGCAGUCCCUGCUGCUGCCCAGUUCUCCCGCGGAACCUCUCAAGCCAGCGUUACCUCCAGUAAGGCUGUCUCAGAUCAAGGCAUGGGAAUCAGCUGAAAGUGUGAGCUGCAACAGAGUAUUUGAGUAUUCAAAGCAGGAUGACGAACUAUGGUUCGAUGAUGAUAGUUAUGAUUUUGGAGCGGAAGAAGAGGUGAGCAUAGAUAGAGGUACUGACGAAUGGAAUGAACCAAGCUCUUCUAAUGAGGCCAUAGCUCUGAUUCCAGAGCUCUCUCGGUCGGAGUUAGAAGUUGUCAGCGCUCAUUUUAAACAACUAGAGAUGUGCUCUGGCGUCCCUAAUCUAGAUCAAUAUGAAAGAGAAGAGAAGAAGGCUCUCUGGGCACACGCGAUGCAGCAAUCAGAUGAUUACGAGAAGAUGUACUCAUCAAACCAUACAAUUUCAGGAAAACGAAGGGUUCAAGUGCUCCAGAAACGGGCUUUUCUACAGAAACUCUUUGGGUACUCCAACAACAUCAAUACUGAGCUCACUACAAAUAACUCUUCCUACUCAUCAGUUGAUAGUUCAAUGAGUGCUCAGAAAGCAUUUCACGAGGACAAAGAGGAGAUUUGCGAGUUAUUGGAACAACAACAGGCUUAUCAACAAGCGCUCGAAGAAGUGCGAGAGCGCUUGGUGCCCUCAGGGAGUAUCAAGCUCGGCACCGAUAAGCAAACCCCAGGAAUUGCUUACCUGGAGGUGGACCAGUCUAAAUUAGUAGAUGUGACGUCUCACUGGUUGAGCUCUAUCUACGACAGAGAUGGUGAUGUGCUUUUGGAAGAGGAUGAUGACGACCCAGAGAUUGUUUCUGCAGCUAUGCUACAUCUUAAGCAAUGCGUGAGAGAAGCAGCCGACGAGACAAUGGAGGAAUGA